CGAAAAGUAGGAGACGGAUUUGGGAGGGUGUAUGACCCGGGUCUCAGGUUCAGCGAACUCUCCGCACGAACCCAGGCCGACGCCGCGGCACGCUCAGCACACGAAGCCGUGCAGGGAUCGAGGAGCGUCUCCUCCAAGGCGAGCGCACUCUCCACACAGUUUCGUCACAUUCGUACAUGCAUGUAUCUCCAACGACACCACGAUAGCCCUCCAUAUAUGCUUCCUCAUCCGCCUCCCAGUUCGCCUAUCUUGUUUUCCCAAUAGAAAUUUAGCAAGCGACGAUCGCGUUGGAGGCUUCGGAGUGAGAUUUGGGAGGAACGUCUUCAGAAGCUAUUAAUCAUGGUGGGAUCAGCGAAGAUCAAGAUUGGAAUUAAUGGAUUUGGUCGUAUUGGCCGAUUGGUGGCUCGAGUUGCCCUUGAGCGCGAUGACAUUGAGUUGGUAGCCAUAAACGACCCAUUCAUUACCCCCGAAUACAUGGCAUACAUGUUCAAAUAUGACAGCACACACGGACAGUGGAAGAAGUCUGAAGUGACUCUUCACUCUGAAGGUCACUUGACGUUUGGCGGUAAUCCAGUAGCUGUCUACGCUUGCAGGGACCCUUCUGAAAUCCCGUGGGGUAAGCAUGGAGCUGAGUUUGUUGUGGAGUCUACUGGUGUCUUCACUGACAAGGAGAAGGCUGCUGCCCAUUUCAAGGGUGGAGCCAAGAAGGUUGUGAUUUCUGCUCCCAGCAAGGAUGCUCCCAUGUUCGUUAUGGGCGUCAAUGAGGAAAAGUAUGCCAAUGAGGACAUUGUCUCUAACGCUAGCUGCACUACCAAUUGUCUUGCGCCACUUGCAAAGGUAAUCAAUGAUAAGUUCGGAAUUCUGGAAGGUCUUAUGACCACGGUGCACGCUACCACAGCCACACAGAAGACUGUCGAUGGUCCUUCAAACAAGGAUUGGCGAGGUGGACGCAGUGCUGCAGCCAACAUCAUCCCUAGUGCUACUGGAGCUGCCAAGGCAGUGGGCAAGGUGUUGCCAGAGCUGAAUGGAAAGCUCACAGGAAUGGCCUUCCGUGUCCCUACUACAGAUGUUUCUGUGGUGGAUCUCACAGUUAGGCUUGAGAAGCCUGCCUCCUACGCUACUAUCAAGGCAGCCGUCAAGGAAGCAUCCGAAGGAUCGAUGAAAGGUAUUUUGGGCUACACCGAAGACGAUGUGGUUUCUACCGACUUUAUUACCGACAGUAGGUCAAGCGUCUUCGAUGCCAAGGCUGGAAUUGCCCUAAGUGAUACCUUUGUGAAGCUUGUCGCUUGGUACGACAACGAGUGGGGUUACAGCAACCGUGUGGUGGACCUGAUUUUGCACAUGGCCAAACAAGGAAAUACUCAGUAGUUCAAUCAUCAAGCGUUUGUAAGCAUUGCAUUUCUAGUUUUACGCUUUUAGACUGCCUUGGGAUUAGUCCCAGCAGUACAAGCGGUAUAGACACUCAUUUCCUGUGCAGGACACUUUUGAAAAUCGGUUGUAAAAUUUCCGUUCCACCUUGAGAAUAAUUGCAUAAGUCAGGCUUACGUUAUCAACAUUGUUUAGUUGCUAUCCUGGAA